AUGUUGAUGACCCCAACCAUAUUGCUUUACCUGGAAAAAAGUCAGACUCCAGAUUACAGAUUCGUAUAUGUUGAUAUCGGUUCAUACGGUAAAGACUGCGACUCCGCAAUUUUUCAACGUACAAACUUCUAUCAACUACUCACUGAAGGCAGGUUGAGUAUACCUCCACCUGUUCCACUGCACUCAUCUCAAAAUAACAGAAUGCCACAUGUUAUACUAGGCGAUGAAGCUUUCCAGCUGACUGAACAUUUAUUACGUCCUUUUGGCGGUAACCAUUUAGAUGUGAAAAAACUCUUGUACCAAAGCAAUCACGAAGGAGAUAUAUCGAGGAGGAAUAUCGAGGUGCUGCAGAAAUAUCUUGUGAAUAUCAUUUUUGAGCUGCUGAAGAUUAGUGCUGAAUUAUCAAAUCAAACUGUCAAUAAGUCUGUCGCUGUAGUUGAAGAGUGGGAGGUGUUUCUGUACUACCAAAGUUUUAAAAAUGUCGAAAUCUUCAACAUCUACAGCAAUAUUUAA